ACAGGAAGUGGACAAGGGCACGUACGUGUGGUUUGGAGUUUCUGCCGUUGUUGAAUUGUUGCUCAAAAAUUGUGGACACUGUUCGCAAGAAAACGUCGGUCCCCGCAGAGAGAUGUGCACUUUUGAUAAGAAUAAAGGGCCAGGGAGGCUGAUGAGAAAGGGGUUGACCCUUAUAGUCAUCGGCCAUAUUAACUUCAUCUUUGCCGCUAUUGUCCAUGGCAGCAUUCUCCGCCACAUUUCCAAACCCAGCCAGCAAAUCACCACUGAAUACACUGUAUCCAACAUAAUCUCCGUCACCUCGGGCUUGCUGAGCAUUGCCACUGGGAUCAUUGCCAUUGUGGUGUCGAGGAACCUUAAUGUGCUCAAAGUGCAAAUAGGACUUCUGAUUGCAUCAUUCCUGAAUGCCUUGCUCUCAGCAGCAUGUUGUGUCGGGCUCCUCUUGGCCAUUAGUAUUACAAUUGCCCAUGAUGGGAGGACUCUGAUGGUGGGUUGCAAUGACACAGAGGUGCCCAUCAAUGCUCGGUCACCUGUUGGUGCCCGAUGUCCAUUUGAUACGACAAGGAUCUAUGACACCACCCUGGCUAUGUGGAUUCCUUGUGCCGUGUUUUCAGCAGUUGAAGCUGGACUGUCGGUGUGGUGCUUCAUGGUGGGACUGGCUCUCAGAGGGCUGCCACCCUGCGGGAAUAACUACAUCAAAGAGCAGUUGGAGGAAGAGGCUUCGCGCUCUCCUCACAGCCGACACCUGAUUGGAGAGCGUGCGAAUCCAGAAGCAUAACUAAACAACAAGCACCAAGGACAUCUAAGACAGCUAAAUCCCAAAAAGCAUGACUGCAUCUCUAUACAGACUGAAAUAUUUCCUCUACAAUCAUUUAGGCAAGUGUUACUCCAGCAGUGAGUGCAGGAAUGGAAUCAGUUUACUACAGUAAGCUGCUCACAGCCUCGCUCUGUGUGGCGGAUUACAUCCAGUGUAUGUGUGCCUGAUGAAUGCUAAAUUAAUUUACAGUGACACGCAUCACAAAAAAAAAAAAAAAAAAAAAAACUCUUUGCUGAUGGGAUUCAGCAUGCAUGCACAAGUAACAUAUAAGAUAUAAAGAUAUAAAGAAUUCUUUUAGUCUUAUCAGUAUCCCUUGUUGACUGUUUGGGUUAUGCAGUACCAGUUAAAAGGCUCUCAGUAUAAAGAAACCUUUGUUCAUGAAGGAAGAACUAGCAACAAUGUUUUUAGAUUAAUUGAAGUAUGUUUUAGCAUGUAUGAAAGCUUAUAUCAGCCAAAUCUAGGUUGGCACAAUAUAUUUAAUGUUUUACAGUCUGUGCAGAUUAAGCUGCUCUGCUGCAUCAAAGCUGCAUUCAACAGACUCGGGACCAAAAAAAUUCAAGUCUUGCUACUUAUGAACAUUGGAAAUUUGUGAUGAGGACGGUAUGUAAAUUGUGUAAUACUGUGCUGAAAUGAUACCUCGGGAUAUCCAGUUUUCUUUAAUUUUAAUAAAUGCAGAUAAACUUUGGGGCUAGAACCUAAUUAAAAUGUGCUGAGCCGAACUCCAUAAAAUUGGUUGUAUCAGUAUAUAACUGUAAAGGUAACUACAGUCAGUGUCUUGUUGUGGGAGAACCAAAUUUGCUUGCUGAACAUGCCACAGAUACAGCUGUGCCUUAUUUAAUAUGCUUUUUAAAUGCUUUUAUAUUUUUUUCUCACUACAUUAUUAUUUGUCAUCUUUGUGCUAAAAUUGUAAACUGUAGUGAGAUUAAACUGAGUAUGCUUUUUAAAAAAAGCAUAUAUAUAUACUAAGCUUUUUUUUUUCCUUUUCUUGCCUAGGGUCAUACAUUUGAAGUAAUAACAAUAAUAAUUUGAAGUAAUGUCCAGAGUUCAUGCAUUUCAUAGUGUUAAAACAAUAACGAGAAUGUCUAGGAUAUCUAUUUUGU